AUGAUUCUAGGAGCAGUCUUCUCGUUGGCUCUCCUCUCCGCUACUGUCACCGCAUCUUCAAUCCCAAUAUGCAUUAAAGACUCCAGUACCACAACCUCACUCACUAUAUCCUCUCUGUCAAAUUAUACCACCCAGUUCUGUACGGAAAUAUCUUCCAGCAAUUUUUCAUCUAAUGCCAAGAACUAUAAUACAGGUCCUACUUCGACUUCUAUCAUUUCGCUUAGCUUUACCUCCGACACAACUAGUUGUCUUGGGGAUAACUCUGCAGCUAACUGUGAGGACGUUUAUAAACUCCUUUUCUCCACUUGUAAGUUCUAACUUCUGACAUACUUCCUUUGAAGUCUUGGGCUUGAAAAUAGGAGUACUAACAAAUCCAAAGGCGGGACCAACAAUUCUACAAUCACGGGAUCGGGAUCUAUCAAUUCGGGAUGCGGUAUAUACAGCUUCCGGCUUACAAGUACGAAUCCCAAUAAUAUGAAUGCAACGAAUGCCUCAAGUAAGAGUGGAGGUGGCAAGACAAGCGGGGUUAGUUAUUGUAUGGUUACGGGCAGUGUGCUUUUAGGUGUUGCGGCCGUUUUCGGAUGGUUUUUAUAA